AUGGAUUUCAAGAUUGCCAAAGAAUACAAUCUUUCCUCCGAGUUAGUUAUGUUUAACCGCAAAGCUUACGAAGAGGACGUAUCAUCCCUGUCAUCUGAUGAACUAUUGGGUCAAGGAGGGAAACCCCAUGGAGGAUUGCCUGGUUGUUACGGUGGCUACUUCCCCGAGAUGCCGCAUGACGAUCUCGGAAGUGAUGGGAACCAUUCGCCUAGCCCUAGCUGCCGUCACGAGUCUGAGGACGAAGCGGUCUGUGCCAGCAACGAUGACUUUUCACACGCUCUCUUUGCACAGGAGCAGAUGUUGAUGAACUGUUUUGGAAAUGCUGAACCCACGCAACAGGACCGACCUUCCUCCUGCUAUUCCUGCUCAUCCGAAUCAGAAGCACUUACCAACCCUCGGCCAGUUGAUACAGCUGUAAAGUGCCCACCAUUGGUUGAAUUACAGAUCAACUCGCCAUCUCCUUCUGAAACUUCCCCGUCUGAUGCACCGACUCACAGGCUGGUACCUUCAGAGCCAGAGAGUGCUUCCAUCAUCACAUCAUCACCAUUGUAUGACACUGCAUUGCGACGUCGCCGGGUUGACAUUGCAGCAUGGCAAAGGGUGCUACUCAUGACUUCAUUUCAAGCAGAUUCCAAUCAACCUAGACGUCAGAGACUCCGGGAGUUGUCAGAAAGGACAAACCUCCCAAUUUCAAUAAUAUCGAUGUGGUUUGCAGAGAAGCGGCGUUCCCUGAGACUGCGACUCAAGUUCGGUUUCUGCUAUCGUGGUUCAUUGCCCCGUAGCGCACAGCCAAGGACUCCAUGUAUCGCCACCAUCGGUCACGCUCGUUGUAACUAG